AUGCGCAAUGCUUCGCUGCAGCUAGAUACCGAUGAUGCAGCUGUAGGCACGGAUUCGUGUCGCGCUUUCUCACCGAACCGCCUUUCCAGACAUCGCCGUGUACAACUUUCGCAGCGAGGGAAUUUGUGCGACGAAAGUAAUUCGGGUCGUUGGAGCAGUCGAAGUCGUCUCAGCAGCUGUAGUUCUACUGCAGAUGAAGAUUCCAGGCAAAUUGCAAUUGGAGUUUUAUUCAGGCAAAUCUCAUUUUUCGUUGAUGACUGGACGAAAGAUAGGGAGAGAUGGGAGAGUGAAUAUGAAGAGUGA